GCAGCCCUCACGCUGUUCUGGCUGCUUGUCCCUGACGAAACGAUCCCAUUGCCUUUUCUUGGAUUCAGCAUCGCCCCUCUUCCCUUUCUCAUUUCCAAGUAGCCUUUUUCUUCCCCCUGCUCCCACAUCCCAGCACCACCAUGGCCGACCACACCCACGACGACGAGCUCACCCCCGAGCAGACCGAGGGCUUCAGGGUCGGCGAGAAGAAGACCAUCGACGAGUACCAGCAGCUGGAUGCGAACGAUGAGUCCCUUCGCAAGUGGAAAGAGUCGCUCGGUAUCGGCUCUGGCAACACCAUCUCUGACCCCAAUGACCCCCGUACUGUCAUCAUCCAGUCUCUCGGCCUCGAGGUUGAGGGCAGGCCCGAUAUCAUCAUUGAUCUGUCUGCUCCCGGCGCGGUCGACCACCUCAAGGAGAAGCCCUUCACUAUCAAGGAGGGCGCCCAGUUCCGCAUGAAGGCCAUCUUCAAGGUCCAGCACCAGAUCCUGUCUGGCCUCAAGUACGUCCAGGUUGUCAAGAGGAUGGGCGUCAGCAGCAAGAUGCAAGAAAUGAUUGGCAGCUACUCCCCCAACACGACCGACAAGCAGACCUACGAGAAGAAGUUCGAGCCUGAGACGGCGCCCACUGGCAUGAUGGCCCGUGGCCACUACAACGCCGUGUCCAAGUUCAUCGACGACGACAACACGACGCACCUGAAGUUCGAGUGGGCCUUUGACAUCAAGAAGGACUGGUAGAGGCACUCGCUCGGACGUGUUUUGAUUUGGACGGCUCGAGGCCGUAGUGUGUUUGUGUGUGCGCGUGUGCGCGUGGUUGCAGAAAUUAUCGAUGAGCGGACGUAGUCGGUAAAACUGUCUUUUGC